GGAAGAAAAUCAAAGCAAAGGUUUUAGUAGUGGUGGGAAAAAAAAUGAAAAGAAAGCUGCACAGAAAAGAAAAAGAGGAGAGAGAAAAAUAGAAAAUAGAAAAAAAUAAAAAUGGUGCGAAUUGAUGUUGUAGUAGUAGUAGUCCCCCUUCCCCGUACCCGUACUGGGUGUUGUACAACUCAGAUUUCAGUUUACCCCACAAUCGAACAACGCCAUUCUCUUCUUCUUUCCCCAACUUUUUCUGCCUCAUUUCAUUUCUUCUGCUAUACUGCUGCACUUUGACAGUUUUUAUUUUUUUUAAUUUUUUAAUUUUUUGAUUUUCAUUAAAUUUAUUUUUAACGUUUUGUUCUUCCCCUGAAAAUCCUCCCUAAAAAUCCAAAUGAUUCUCCUUUCUUUCUCACCCCCUAGUUUUUCUCUCUCAUCCUUACUGCCUUACCCUUUAAACUACCCCUUACCCACUUCUUGAAUCAUCAAAUUUCAUCAUCGUUUUGUUUUCUUCUUUCAUUUCAAGGUCAGUUUUUUUCCCUUCCUUUUUAUGGGUUUUACUCUGAAAUUUGUGAUUUUUGUAUGAAAUGAUUUCGUGGUUUAUUUUGUUUUGAUGUUUUUUGUGAUGGGUAUGCUUUGUUUUCCUGUUUUUUCUCUUUAAUCGGAUUAUGGUUUGACAAAUGGGUAUUUUUUUCGGAUGCUUUUUGUUUGUUUUUGUUCUUGGGAGAUGAUUAUUGAACUUGAAAAUUUCUGGGUUAUCUUGUUAAAAAGAUAAUAUUCUUUCAUGCUUUCAUUUAAUCUCAAGUUCUGCGCACCAUAAAAUCCUGCAAAAUUUGGGCACCAGGAAACUUCUGAUUAUCCCCUGAUUCCUAUUGUAUAAUAACAUCCUAUGUUAGAUAAAGAUUAGUGUUUUUAAUUUGGAGAAUGUGAGAAUGCUUGUGAUAUGAGUAAUCCUGCUGUUUUGAAUAUCUUCAGGAGCAUGUUUGGAGGUGGUGAUACUAAUCCUAUGCUUCCUGUUCACAUGGAUGGUGUCAGGUUGCCGUACAAUUCCGGUAUAGUGCCGUCAAUGCAAUUAGAUGCUCUCUUUGGCUGUAAUGCUGAUGUAAUGAACAUGGUUGAGGGCAGGAACACAUCCCUGGCAAAUCUACCUGAGAAAUUCGGAAGGGGCACGUCUAUCUACAGUCAACAUAAGCUUCCCGUGACAUCGUAUGACAACUUUUGCCAGAAUGGAGCUGGGCAAGCCAGGAAUAUGGUGAAGCAAGGCCGCGUUUCUACUGGGCUCAAGCUUUCGUAUGGAGAAGAGGAGCACAAUUCUUCAAUCUCAUCUGCUGGAGAAAACGUAAUGGUUAAUCUAUCAUCAAUGCUGUCACGUAAUGAUAAUCUGCAAACAGAAUUUGCGCGACAGGGUGAUGAAUUUGAUCAGUAUAUCAGGAUCCAGGAAGAAAACAUAAAGAAGGGCAUUGCAGAACUGAAGCAUCGACACACAGUUUCUCUCUUAAAUGCUCUCGAGAAAGAAGUCAGUCACAAAAUACAUGAGAAAGACAUAGAGAUAGAGACCCUGAACCAGAGAAACAAGGAGUUGAUGGAGAAAAUAAGGCAGAUAGCUUUAGAAGCUCAAUCCUGGCACCUGAGAGCAAAACAGAACGAGUCCCUUGUCAACAUCUUAAAGAACAACAUCAAUCAAGUCGUUCUACAAGGCGGUAACACAUUGUUGAAGGAAGGUUGUGACGAGAGCAUAGCAGACGAUGCUGCUUCUUCUUGUAAUCAGAAUGUUCCAGAAUCUUCUUCUUGUAAAGAGAUGGUGCAUUGCAAAGCAUGCAAAAGUAAGGAGGUUUCUGUUCUGCUGUUGCCUUGCAGGCAUUUGUGUCUUUGUACAGACUGUGAUGGUUUCCUUGACAUUUGCCCUGUUUGUCGAGUGAAGAAGGCUGGAAGCUUACUAGUGUACAUGUCUUAGAAGUGAAAAAAAGACGAGGUUUGAUGAAUAUGUCGACUAACAAAGUAUAUCAAAAAUUCUUGAAGGAUUUUUUACUGACUUCUCAUAUAGCGGCGUAGCUGUCUAGAUUUUUUUCUUCUUUUUUUCGAGUGAUUUCUGUUGUGCAGAGGCAAUGAGGAAAUACUGCUUUGUGGUAUCAGGAAGUUUUUGAAGUAUGUUCAGGUACAACUACUUGUAUUGAAAUACUCAGAAGUAACAGCUGAUUUGAUCCUAACCAUAAUUGACUGGGAAAUAGUUCCUUCUGCUGAAUGGGAAGAAGUGCGUUUUAGCUUCUUUUUGUGGUCA